UCCGACCCGGGUGUCUGUGCUGUGCGCUUGCUGUGCCGAGCAGCGGCCGCGGGGUUCGCAGGAGGGCGGAGCUCGGAGUGUCCAGGGCCAGACAGGGACACCGGUCGGGUUCCGUUUUCCUUCGCGCGGCUGAACUGCGGGGACUGCACCGGGCCCGACUAUCUCGCCGCAGAGGAGCAGCUGGCCGGGGCCGGGGGGCGCCCGCGCUGAUCCUCCGCCCGCCACCAUGGCCGACCACUUGAUGCUCGCCGAGGGCUACCGCCUGGUGCCGAAACCACCGCCCGCCGCGCCCGCCCACGGCGCCUACACGCUCCGGACUCUGCAGCCCUACGCGGGCCCAGGCUUGGACAGCGGGCUGCGGCCACGGGGGGCUCCGCUGGGACCGCCGCCGCCCCCGCCCGGGGCCCUGGCGUACGGGGCCUUCGGGCCGCCGCACUCCCUCCAGCCCUUUCCGGCCGGGCCGCCUCCGGCCGCCGGCGGCCCGCACCUGCACCAGGUGGCGGCGCUGUACCCAGGCCGCGGCCCCGCGCCCCCCGGCGUCCCGGGAGGCGCCCCUGGGCUGCAGCCGGCGUCCGGGGCCGGGGCCCCGCCACUGCCCGCGCACGCCCUGGGAGGCACGGACGCGGAGCUCAUCGACGAGGAGGCGCUGACGUCGCUGGAGCUGGAGUUCGGGCUGCACCGCGUGCGUGAGCUGCCCGAGCUCUUCCUGGGCCAGAGCGAGUUCGACUGUGUCUCGGACUUGGGGGCGGCGCCGCCCGCCGGCCCGGUGAGCUGCUGA